UUAAUCUGGACUGUCUAAAAGUUAAAUCAAACAGCACUGCUCAGCAUUUUGAACUUCUGUUCAGAGCUUCAGCACCUCAGUUUGGGCAGUUGUGUAAUGAUUGAAGACUAUGAUGUGAUAGCUAGCAUGAUAGGAGCCAAGUGUAAAAAGCUCCGCACCCUGGAUCUAUGGAGAUGUAAGAAUAUUACUGAGAAUGGAAUAGCGGAAUUGGCUUCUGGAUGUCCACUUCUGGAGGAACUUGACCUUGGCUGGUGUCCUACUCUGCAGAGCAGUACCGGGUGCUUCGCCAGAUUGGCACGCCAGCUCCCAAACUUGCAAAAACUAUUUCUUACAGCUAAUAGAUCUGUGUGUGACACAGAUAUAGAAGAACUUGCAUGUAAUUGUAUCAGAUUACGGCAACUGGACAUAUUAGGAACAAGAAUGGUAAGUCCAGCAUCCUUAAGAAAACUCCUGGAAUCUUGUAAAGAUCUUUCCUUACUUGAUGUAUCCUUCUGUUCACAGAUUGAUAACAGAGCUGUAUUAGAACUGAAUGCAGCCUUUCCAAAAGUGUUCAUAAAAAAGAGCUUUACUCAGUGACUUAAUAUAUAUUAUGUCACUAAAAGUUGAUAUGCUUUGUAAGGAUUUUAUUUGGGGGUGGUUUGGUUGUAUCUUUUGUUUUUAUAAUGGUGAGAAUUAAGACAUUUGUGGAUUUUAAAGAAAAAUAUGAAAUUUCCCAUUGAAUCAAGUAAAAAAUGUGAAGAAAUGUUCUCACAAAAUACUGUAAGCCAUUUUCAUCAAGAAUAUGUUAGUCACUGAUAUUAUUUUUACUUUGUGUUAAAGUGGAAUUAUGUUUUAAUCAAUAAUUGUGUUAAUAAAAGAAUAAUAUGAAAACAUUUUUAACUUAUUUUUAAAGGGACACUUUAAGCAUUAAAGUAUCAUGAUAUUUAUGCAAAAA